CAAAUACAAACACUCACAGCUCCCGGAAAAUCGCCGUUUCACUUUCCCCUCACAUUUUCCCACCUCCCAAACACCCCCUACCUACAUUGCCUCGCCGCUCCCCAUCAGAUGUCCGCCGAUUCGAGCGACCGGCGAGAGGUGCUCCUCAAGAUGAACGGCGGCAGCGGCGGCGGCGGCGGCGGCGGAGGUUCUUCACCCAACGGGACUCCUCCUCCCGCCUCCGCUCCUGCUCCGGCCGGGAACAUAUGGAGAGAAUCCAGCUACGAUUUCUUGCAAGGAAUGGAUGGAGACAGGAAGAAGGAGAAGCAGCCCGAGGGCGGCGACGACGGGAGCGGGAGCUACAGAUUCGAUUUCAAUCCGGCUCAGAGAGGCAAUACUACUGGAGUUCCGGAGGAUCCGACGUCGAAGCUCAUUGGGCAGUUCCUGCACAAGCAGCAGGCGUCGGGGGAGUUCUGUUUGGAUAUGGAUUUGGAGAUGGCGGAGCUUCAGAACGGGAACGACAACAACAACGACGGUCUGCAUCACCUCCGGCAUCUCGCCCCGGUUUCCGAGUCGCCCGUGUCGGUUCACCAGCGAGUCUCGUUCGAGUCGAGCGAUUCGAUUAGGAGGAGGCAGGCGAGCAGGUUCAAGGAGUCUCCAGGGAUUCAAUCGAACGCCGGGAGUCCUGCUGCUGGUGGUGAUGGAGGAGGAGGAGGGGAGGUUUUGAAGUGCAGUUCUCGAGAAGGUGUUGGUUCCUUUUCUAGCCAAUCGUCGUUUAAGAGGAAGUCGAAUUUGUUCAAAGAGAAGACGAAGUCGAGAUUGAUGGAUCCACCGCAGCAUCAGCAGCAGCCGGAGAAAUCGGGACGGAUGCCCGCCGGUAAGUCCGGGCAGUUGAAAUCUGGAUACGUAGGGAGAAGCAAUCAUAUCGAUGAAGAUGAAGACGAUCCGUUGCUGGAGGAGGACUUGCCUGAAGGUCUGAAGAAGGACAAGCUCGGCAUCUGGACUCUGCUUGAAUGGGUGAGCUUAAUCUUACUCAUUGCUGCUCUAGUUUGUUCCCUCACCAUUCGAGUACUGAAGAGGAAGAAACUGUGGAAGCUUCCGCUGUGGAAGUGGGAAGUAAUGGUUUUGGUACUCAUCUGCGGGAGAUUGGUUUCAGGGUGGGUGAUUAGGUUCAUAGUGUUCUUCAUCGAGAGAAACUUUCUGCUGCGGAAACGAGUCCUCUAUUUCGUCUAUGGGAUCAAAAAGCCUGUGCAGAACUGUCUAUGGUUAGGGUUAGUGUUGAUAGCUUGGCAUUUCCUGUUUGAUAAGAAAGUUGAGAAGGAGACCGGAAGCCGGUUUCUUCGAUACGUGACGAAAGUUCUGCUAUGCUUAGUGGUGGGAACUUUGAUAUGGCUGGUGAAGACCCUUGUAGUUAAAGUCCUGGCUUCCUCUUUCCAUGUGAGCACAUACUUCGAUCGGAUUCAGGAGUCAUUGUUCAACCAAUAUGUGAUCGAGACUCUCUCGGGUCCUCCUGUGAUCGAGAUUCAAAGGAAUGAAGAGGAAGAAGGAAGACUUUUGGCUGAGGUGCAGAAGUUGCAGAAUGCUGGUGUAGAAGUGCCUCCAGCUCUUAAGGCAGCAACAUUUCCAUCGCCUCAGCCGAGCAAGGUGAUUGGGAGUGGGAGGCUUCAGAAGAGCCCGAGAGUUGGUACUCCCAGGGGGGCUUCUGGUGCCUUCUCGAAUACGGACAAAGAGGGUGAUGAUGGGAUAACGAUUGAUCACUUGCAUAAGCUGAACCAUAAGAAUGUCUCUGCCUGGAAUAUGAAGAGGCUGAUGAAUAUAAUAAGGCUUGGGACUUUGUCGACGCUGGACGAGCAGAUAAAGGAUUCGAGCCAUGAUGAUGACGAAUCGACAACGAAGAUUCGAAGUGAAUAUGAAGCUAAGGCUGCUGCUAGGAAAAUAUUUCAGAAUGUGGCCAAGCCUGGUUCUAGAUUUAUCUACUUUGAGGAUCUAUUGCGCUUUAUGCAAGAAGAUGAGGCUACAAAGGCCAUGAGUCUCUUUGAAGGAGCUACAGAAACUCAGAAGAUCACCAAGUCAUGCUUGAAGAACUGGGUGGUCAAUGCUUUUAGAGAAAGAAGAGCCCUGGCUUUAACCCUCAACGACACGAAAACAGCGGUGAACAAAUUGCACCGGAUGGUGAACGUUCUUGUCGCGAUCCUGAUCGUGGUCAUAUGGCUUCUCAUGUUGGAAAUCGCCACGACUAAGUUCCUGCUCUUCAUGAGCUCCCAACUUGUUCUGGUGGCAUUCAUCUUCGGCAACACCUGCAAAACGGCUUUCGAAGCUAUCGUGUUCUUGUUUGUGAUGCACCCGUUCGACGUGGGGGACCGGUGUGAGAUCGACGGAGUGCAGAUGAUCGUGGAAGAGAUGAACAUUCUGUCCACCAUUUUCCUGAGGUUCGAUAACCAGAAGAUCAUCAUCCCGAAUAGCGUCCUCGCCACGAAAGCCAUCGGUAACUACUACCGCAGCCCGGACAUGGGCGAUGGAAUCGAGUUCUUCAUUCAUGUGGCCACUCCAGCUGAGAAGAUUGCUGCCGUUAGGCAAAGGAUCAACGCAUACGUGGACAACAAGAAAGAGCAUUGGUAUCCAUCGCCGAUGAUCGUACUCAAGGAAGCCGAGGACUUGAACAAAGUUCGGAUUGCGGUGUGGCCGUGCCACAGGAUCAACCAUCAGGACAUGGGGGAGAGGUACGUCAGGAGAUCGCUGCUGAUUGAAGAGAUGGUGAAAAUUUUCAAGGAGCUCGACAUGCAGUUCCGGCUGCUGCCCGUCGACAUCAACGUCCGGGCGGUGCCGCCGGUGUCGUCGGAGCGCGUCCCGCCGAGUUGGGCGGCUUGAGUUGACUCUGACGAUUGGGAGUAGAUAUAUAGAAUUUCCUUUUGGAGAUGGAGAGUGAGUGAGCCUUGGUUACUUACGGCGGGUAAAAGGUGAAAACUGAAAAGUUAACGGUUUGCAGUUGAUUUACAUAGUUCAAUAGGUGGUAAUUGGGGUAUUUGCGAUGGUCUUUAGAUCGGGUGGCUGACUGGCUUCGGUUUUACUGGUUAAUCGGUUGGCCCAGAACUGUUAAAUAUAAUAACCGUUCGGGUUCGUUGGAGGCCGUUCCUGGAAGUGGGCCACAUCCAGCUGGGCUUGGGCUAUGCUUACACGUAAAUAAUAGUUGGGCUCAAUAAUAAACAAACUGGGCUGAGCGCCAUCUGAGCGCAAUCGCAUUUUAACUCCUCAGUUCUCACUUCUCACAGCAAACAACGAAUCCGAGUGCGUAAAUCAGUUUCCUUCGCGAUUAUUCUGUUACUGGACGGCCGUCGACCGCCAAAUUUCUUCUCGGAGCAGCCGUCGCCGUCGUCACCAUAUCUCCGCUGCGUAUCCUACUUGUCGUCGUCCAAGGUCCGACGAGCUUCUGUUUUGACGAUAUCAUUUUGUGGUGCUGUGGGAGACGAACGACUUGCAGCUGCAGUAUUGGAUUGUGGGUUGGCUGUAAACCACUCCUACCAAAGACAUUUGUCAAGCAUGAAUGAUAGUAGAAGUCACAGCAAGAAUAAGGAGACUUCUGUAGCAGUAGAAGCCUCUGGAUGCAAAAUCUCAUUACUGCAGGUCUUCUUGGUCCAUACAAUAUGUGGACUUUGUUUGGGUAUUGGAUUGUGGAUUGCCCAUCGUUGGUACUCCAUCCAUCUUGUUUCUCAUGCUUCAGACACGACUCGCUUGAUUUGGAUUGUCGAGACUCCAGCUGCAUUACUUCUUUAUAGUCGCUUUCGGAGAGACCCAGAAAUUGACUCGUUCUUGAGGGCUGUUGGACGAGGCUUAUGCGCUUUACCUAUUGGAGCCUUGGUGCAUGCUGCUGUAGCUAUUGUAUUAGGCGCACCUGUUGGCUCCCGGUACUUGUUGAAGACUUGUAAUUGGUCUCUUCUGAUGUCAUCGCUCACGGUGAGUAAAUAUACGUACCCUACUGAACUUGUAGGGGCUUUUUCCCGUAAUCCUCUGUUUAGUGAUUUCUGAAGAACUUUCCUAUAGAUUUGAAUUCAACCUGUCUACGACAUGGUGAAUUGAGCCCCAAAUGCUAUGACCAGUUUUGUAAUAUCAGUGCGAGGCAUUUUGUAUAUUUUCACUGCCUCUUUCAACAUAAAGAACAUAAUGCGACAUCAAUGGGUUUGCCUUUUAUUUUAGCCUUGCAAAACUAUUAAUCCUCGCAGUACUUGCUAACAAUAUUUGCAUUCAGGUUGUUCCGGUAGCUUCUGUAUAUGGUUCAUCGUGGAGAGACUGGCAACGCAUAUUUGCACGAACAGAGCCAAAUGACUUAUUGGAAUACAUGCUUUGCAUACCAGCACAUGGUGCGGUGAUUGGAGCUUGGUUGGGAGCUUGGCCUAUGCCACUUGAUUGGGAAAGGCCAUGGCAGGAAUGGCCAAUAUGUGUUACAUACGGCGCGUUGAUAGGUUAUGUGAUUGGAAUGGUCGCAUCUUUCGGCUUGGCGUGUACCAGUACUGGUGCAAGACGACGACGUCGUCUGAAGGGGGAUUAGUUGCUGCUCACUGCUGACUGACUACUACCAUUUGAGCAUUGCCAAGGUCGACAGGCGACUGAAUGGAUAGAUUGUAAAAGGUUCUCAUGACAUUGCUGGUUCUAAAAGGUUUUACAUAGCCUUGAUAAGUCAGUACGCUUAAUUGUUGUUCCCGUACAUUACUAGUUUACUACUAUUAUACAUUCAACCUUUGGGCUCACUGAUUUGAUUUAUACGUAUCCUCGACACGGGAUGAAAGAUAACUGCUUUUCUUUUUCCUUGUUAACGAAAGGUUCUUGGAAGUUGUGGUUACA